AUGGGAAGGAAGGAGCGAGCGAGGAAGGAGUGCGUGCAAUUGCGUAAGCAGCGGCGGCGAGUGGCGGCCAAGGCUGCGCCGGCCGCGGGCGGGGCGGCCGACCCAGUUGCUGCGGCGUGCCGCGGCGCGGCUGGCUGGCUGGCUGGCUGGUACUGCUCGCCGGCAGCGGCUAGUGCGCCGCGAGACGCGCUCAUGGACGCCACGGGACCGCCGCGCGCGCUCCGGCCGCGCCUGCCGCUGCUGCUGUUGCCGGCGCUGCUGGCGCUUGCGCUCGCGCCGGCUGCCGCCGUCGCUUUCCAGAUCGACUUGGCGGCGCUCGACCUGCCGCUGCCGCACCGCCUCAACGUGUCGGCAGCCAGCGUGACGCAGACGCGGACGGGCUGCUACGCGCGGCUGGAGACUCCAGAAGGCUUCCUGGACUCGCCCAACUACCCGGCAGACUACCCGCCUGGCCUCGACUGCUGCUACGACAUCGCCAGGCCCUCCACCUCCUACUGUGGGGUCAAGCUGUAUGCGGAGCAGCUGGUGGUGGGCAAGCAGCCUUCGGACGGCGCCUUCUGCCAGACCGACUGGCUGGCCAUGGAGUCCUGCGUGCCCGAGGGCGGCUCGCGCUACUGCGGGAACCUAACCGGCUCCACCUACCAGUUCCUGUUCCAGCCGGGAUCUCGCGCGCUGCGCUUCCAGUUCCACAGCAGCGGCGGCUCGCGGCGGCCGCGGCCCGUGGCAGGGGCGGUGCUGCGCUUCCGGCUGCGCUACCGCCUGCUGCGCAGCUGCCGAGGGCUCUUCCAGGAGCCGGCGGUGGGCGUGCUGCCGGGGCCCGGCCCCAACCGGCCGUGCUACGCCAGAGUGAGGAACCGCCGCGGCGCCAUCCACACGCCCGGCUACCCGCAGCCCUACCCGCCGGGGCAGGACUGCGUCUACGAGUUCGUCAGACCUAACCCUUUUAUAUGUGGUGUGAGAAUGAGAUCAACGUCUUUUGAGUUGGAACCAUCUGUGUCAACACCAUUUGGAGGUGCGUGUUCAGACUUCUUGCAGACUCCAGGAUGCGGCUUCCUCUGUGGAUCACUCAACUUUACAUGGUUAGCUGUGUAUCAGCCAGGUGCAACAAGCCAAAGGUUCCAUUUUCAUUCUGAUGAUGAGAACAACUUCAAUGGAUUCUUCAUCACCUUUGAACAGAUAUACCACUGUCCAGACAGCUGAUGCAGGACAAAUUCACCAUAAAAUUCAUCAGCUGCAAGAGAAUUGAAAGCAGAGAUAAAUUCUGGUACAAACAGACAGCAACACAAUUGAAAACACCUAUUACUGUCUGAAACACUAUAUGCAGUGGCCUGAACUGCAAAUGUCAGAAAUAUGUUCUGUUCACUGAAGUAAUGUGUGCAGAGACUGUCACUUUCUAUUGUGUGUGAUAACAUGAGCAAGUUCAUAGAUAAAUAUUGUGCAUUUUUUUACACAAUAUGUUGUGUGUAAUUUAUUUUUUUAUGAAUAGAGUUAAUAUAUCAAAGUGUGUCGUGUGUCUUUUGUAAAGCAUCAUCCAAAGACAUCAAAUAACUUUUUCCUUAUGUUCCUAUAGUUUUGUAAGUGUCUCCAGUGUUAGACAUAUUCUAUGACCUACAUAUGAUUUAAACUUCUUAUACAUAAUGAAAAUGAAAUAUAUCAAGCAAUAGUAUGUAGCCAUAGCACUUAUUGGAACUGUAGAUUCCUUUAAUUUAAAAAGUGAAUAAAAACUUCAAAAUUCAAACUA